GCUAGAGGCAAAGAUGGAGGAGUUUGACGUUUGUACUCAGCGAGAUGCGGAGUCAGACGUGCAAACUGACGUUACUGCCCCCUUUAAUGUGGCUUCUGUCAUAGAUGCUGCUAAUGUAAUAAACAGUAAAACUGGUAGUACCCGGGUUAAAGAAAAGAGUGAUGAGGAGUUACUAAAGGGCCUUCUGACUGACGCUUACUGCUAUGUGUGCUCCUCAGUGCUGAUGUUUGAGUCUCAUCGGCUCUCCCACUACGAGGGAAAAAAACAUAAUCAGAAAGUCAGGAUGUACCUUGACACGGUUAGAGGAGAGAAGACCCGAACGUCCCAGACAAUGUCCAGUUCUAAAAACCGUUUCUGUGAGCUGUGUAACAUGGUGUUUAACUCUGACGUGGUGGCAAAAUCCCACUAUGAGGGCAAAGUCCACGCUAAACAUCUACGUAAACAGAGCCUUCACCUAUCAGCCAAGGAUACAGGAGUUUGUGCUUCAUUAUGUCUGACACAGAAUCCUGAGAAGUCUGAAGAGAAAUCAGCCCAAGAGAGUGACGACCGGCUCCAGAUACACACAACAGCUGCUUCAGCUUCUACAAGUGCUGAGUUUGACCUGAAAGAUCCCAACAAGUACUGCUGUCUUUGUACGGUGUCCUUCACCGAUCCGCAGACCGCGCUGCAGCACUAUAACGGACGUAAACACCAGAAAAAGCAGGCCAGGCAGGAGCUGCUGAAAGAGCUUGGAGAUGAGAAUCAGCUAGACGAUUCAUUGGUGUGUCACAGGUGUGAUGUGAAGUUAAACUCUGUGGAGAUGUACCAGGCCCACAUGCAUGGAAACAAACAUCAGAUCAAGGGGAAGAAGAUCAAUGAUCUUUUCAAAUCACAACCAAAGGCCUACAGCACGUUUGCUGAUGAGCUGGCUGAUUACAUUCAAGCACAGAAGUCUCGGGGAGUCACUCCCAAAAUCAGUCAGACUCUCCCUCAGGAAGGCACUGAAGAAGAGUGCGAUCAGGAAGUUUUAACAGAGUUUAAUGAUUUUAAAUCAUCUGAAUCUGUGCGUGGCUUCACUCAAAACCACCAACGGGCUCGUCAGCUCACGCCUGGAAUGAGGCAUCCUUCAUACCCUGGUCCACCUUGGCCCGCCCGUGGCUGGGAUUGUCACUAUCCUCCACCGCUCCCAGUUCAUGGUGUCCCACUGUUCCCCAGUCAGCCCACAGGACACAGGAGGCCCAGAACCCCCUCUAGUUCCUGCACCAGCUUGUCCUAUUCUUCUGACAGCUCUCACACAAGUAGAAGUGAGGAUAGUGAACACAGGCUCCGAGACGCGAGGAGGAAAAGAAAAUCCAGGAGGGACAGAGGUGGGAAGGACGGAGACGAGGAGUCAGAUAUGGAGGAAAGAAGAAAGCACAGAAGGAGGAAACGCCGAAGGAGGGAGAGAGAUCAUGACUCUGGGGAGGUGAGAAGAGACCCGUGUGAGGAGUCGGUGGAGGAAGGGAGGAGAAAAAAGAUAAAAAGUCACAACAAGCUGAGACCAGAAAAACAGCAGGAGAACUUUGAAUCAGGUGGUAAAACCCAGACAGAAGACGUGAUGGAGAACAGGAACGAGACUCGGCUGCAGGCUGAAACAAAUACAGACCAGAGAGAGAGACGGCACAGAGCAGCCAAAACUAAAUACGGGAAAGAAAAAAGGAAAGGCAAAGAGAAGGUAGACCUUCGGACGGAGGAGGAGAAGCUGUGGGACGUCUCUAUCCUGGGAUGUUAAAGUAGCACCUUUUCCAGUUCACUUCAUCACGCUGCACAAACACUGUUUGUAUCAUCCUAGACAACGUCAGCAUUUUUAGGAUAUAUUCCAAUCCUAACGUGGUGAUGCAUCAGCACGUGCUAGCUGGCUAGCACGGUUUCAUCAUCGUCUUUAAAUUUUUAUUUUAUUUUUAAUUCAGUGUUUAUUUCUCUACAUUAUAACACUAACAGUAGGUCUGAUGCUGGCUGCAGUGUUUAUAUUGUGUUCCUGCCUUUCAACAUAAAGUGUGCUUUAGUUUUUAAAAGCUGACUUUCUGGCAGGAAUGGGAUUAUAAUCCCUGCAGCCGUUAGCAAAGCGAAUAAAAGCCCAGAGAUGCUAAAA